AUGAAAGCUCAGAAUACAGGGGAAAGUGAAGAGGAAAGGUUCAAACAAAAAUGUAAAGAAUUACAAAAGAGGAUAAAAGAAGUAGAAGAAAGUAAUGAAAUAGCAACAAUAGCGUAUAGUAGAACUCAAUCAACAAUAAGAAGAUUAAGGUUAGAAUAUGCAAUUUUAAUUGAAAGAUUAGAAGAUAGAGCAAAUUAUCUUCCUGAUGGAAUAAUACAUUUUGAAGAAAUGGCAGGACCACCAACUCCAAAUAUUUUAGAUGAUUCAAUAGUUAAAAAUUCAAAAAAUGGAACUUCAGGUCAAAUAAAUAAUAGUAUUAACUCAGGUACAAGUAAUUCAAAUAAAAAAUCAAAUAAAAAAUCAUCGAAAUCAUCAUCAUCAUCAUCAACUAAUCAAUCAACUAAUUCAAAUAAUCAAAAUUCAAAAAACAGAGAUCCAGAUUUACCGAAAAGACCAACAAAUGCAUAUUUAUUAUUUUGUGAACAAGAAAAAGAAAGAUUAAAAAAUGAUGAAUCAAAUAAUACAAAAGAUUUAUCAAAAUUAAUGACUGAAGCUUGGAAAAAUUUAAGUGAAGAAGAUAGAAGACCUUUUUAUUUAUCUUAUGAAGAUGAUAAAUUAAGAUAUCAAAAAGAAAUGGUUGAAUAUAAUCACAAAAAGGAAUUGGAAGAACAACAACAACAAUUAAAAGAACAACAAGGAGAAGAUGAUGAUCAUCAAGCUGAUAUAACUGAAAAUCUUGAUACUAUUGAUAAUGUCAAAGAAGAAGAGGAAGAAGAAGAAGAAGAUGAUGAUGAUAACGAAGAAAGAGUUUUAAAAAGACAAAAACUUGAACCUUCAGAAGAAUUUGCUCCUGAUACAUCCAUAGAAAACACCGAGGUUAUAAAACAAGAAGAAUCUAAAAUAUUGGAUCAAAAUGAACAUAAUGAUCAAACCAUGAAUGAAGAGUAA